AUGGUGUCCAGCCUCAACGAGUGGUUUUGGCAGGACAGGUUCUGGCUGCCACCCAACAGCUCGUGGGCCCAGCUGGAGGACCGAGAUGGCCAGGUCUACGCCCACCCCCGGGACAUGCUGGCGUCCCUGCCCCUGGCGCUGGUCCUGGUAGCCAUGCGCAUCACCUUUGAGAGAUUUGUCGGCCUCCCCCUGAGCCGGUGGCUGGGAGUGCCGAGCCAGACCAGGAGGCAGGUGAAGCCCAACGCCACCCUGGAGAAAUACUUCCUCACGGAGGGACGGAGACCCAAGGAGGUGAGAGCCUCCCUCCCACCCCCAUUGGCCCGCAUGGCCGCCCUAUGGAUGGCCAACUUGUUGUGGCAGGGGAAGCCAAGCUGUCUCACGGGCUUCCUCCAUGCCUGCAGCUGGCGGUUCGUCUUCUAUCUGUGCGCCUUCUUCGGCGGUCUCUCGGUCCUGUACCAUGAGUCAUGGCUGUGGACACCGGUGAUGUGCUGGGACAAUUACCCAAACCAGACCCUGAAGCCCGCUCUGUACUGGUGGUACCUCCUGGAGCUGAGUUUCUAUAUCUCACUGCUCAUCACGCUGCCCUUUGACGUCAAGCGCAAGGAUUUCAAGGAGCAGGUGGCACAUCACUUCGUGGCCAUCGUCCUGAUGACCUUCUCCUACAGCUCCAACCUGCUGCGCAUCGGCUCUCUGGUGCUGCUGCUGCACGACUGCUCCGACUACAUCCUGGAGGUGGGCCUGGCCUGCUUGCCCCUCGCAGCCGCACCUCCAAGCUCCCCGGGCCCCGAGAUGA